AUGCUCCACUGUAAGCAACAAAACGGCAAGUCAACCAAACAAACUGACCCGACUUACUACAUCCUUAAAAUUUUUCGGGCUGGUGGAGUCCACCCCGACAUAAAAGUCACACCUUUCCUGGUAUUUUUCUUCUGGAUGAACUGCACAAUAGUUUCUGCAGUCAUUGUACUAGCUAGUGUUGGUGUGGUCGUCGGUAUUCGUGACAACGACAUAAACAUGGUAGUAGAAUGUCUACAAAGUACAUUCAUCUACAUCCACAUCCUGGCCAAACACUACGUCUUAUUCUACAGCAAAUCUAUCCUGUCGAACAUCCUCCAACAACGAGCCAGGUUUCUUAAACUUGAAGAUUUCGACCCAGAAAUUAAGCAACAGUACGAAAAAAUGUUAAAGAAGACCUCGAAGUUUGUGAAUGUUUUUAUGUUCAUGACGUCGUGUGUGGUUUUCAGUUUUUAUCUGCAACCGUAUUUGACGGGUGGAGAUUUACCAGUUAGUGUGUAUAUUCCAGAAGGUUGGUACUACUACAUACAUUUCGGUUUUUGGCCUUUGGCUCCUUGCAUCGUGGCCAGCAUUUAUGGGUCUGAUGCCCUUUUCUGCGCGAUUACGGUUCCUGUGAUUGUACAAUUUAGACUUCUGGCGCAUAAAAUUGAACAAUGGAACGUGGAGAAGACUCAGAUUAGUGAUAAAAGGAGUCAGGAGAAGUUUAAAAAGAACUUGCAGGAAUUAGUUGAUCAUCAGAAUUUUCUUUUUGAUUACUGCAACCAAGUCAACAAGUUUAAUAAUGGAAUUUUUCUUAACCAGUUCUUGCUUUCGGUGGGGAUUAUUUGUGUGCAGUUGUUUGUGGUUUCGCAAAAAGGUUUCAAGCUUCCUAAUAAGAUUAAGUGCGUGGGGUAUUCUUUCAUGGAAAUUGUAGAAACUGGAAUUUAUUGUUUCAAUGCUGAACUGGUUUCCGAUGCUUCUGAAGAUCUCGGCAAUGCUGCUUAUAACUCAGUGUGGUACGAAUCUGACGAUACUAAUGUUAAAGAUUCUAUAACUUUAAUCAUCGAGAGGUCUCAAAAAAGAAUCGUAUUCAGUGGUUUUGGUUUUGUUUGGAUUAAUCUAAAAACGUUCACACAGAUUUUUAAGACAGCUCUGUCGUUCUACAGUUACUUACACAAUGUUGUCUUAAAUGAUUGAUUUUUU